GAAAAAGAACGUGAAGCUGCGGCAGCGGCUGCAGCUGCAGCUUUGUUGGAUCAACAACAGAAUCAGAAUCAGCCAGGAAAUGAGGGUGAGGACCACGCGGAUUGUUCAUCGCAACAACCGUCGGUAGCGAAUGCAGCUCAAGAUGCAAGACAUAAGAAGACGAAACGUAAAAUUGUUAUCGAAGUGCUGAGAGUGGCCAACGAUGAGAUCACUCAACAACCUAGCGGCAAGUUUGCGAUUAUUGGACUUGGCUAA